UGGUCCGUUAGAGUGCGCCGGCCAGCCUCGAUACCAUGGUGACCCGGACAAGAAUCGUCGCUGGCAACAAACAUUUUCGUCACUGCUUUGGUGAGGCCGUUCCGAUUAAUUCCCUGCUACGUUGACGAUUCAGGCUGGAAUUAUCUCCGCCUUAUUUAUGAUGACAAAAUGGCGCAGGCUUGCUCUGUGUUUGGAAUGGUCUUGCCACGGCAUCCCUUGGUUGUUCUUUAGCGUGUCCUGGGUAUCGCUCCUCUGGUGGCAUCCGACUGACUUUUACUCGCCUCUUGCACUCUUCUUAAGUGACAUUGCUUCGUCUUUACAGUCACUAUUCCCUGAGGGGAUUUCGAGCCUAUUUUCGGACCAGUGGAUCAAGGCGGUUUGUCUGUUGUUUGCUCUAUUACUGGACAUAUGUGCCGUUGGAAUAAUAAAAUGUUGCGUGCGCCGUUCAAGACCCGAAGGCUCCCGUAUUGAGGAUAUGAAGCUUACUGUUCCCCAGGAUGCAUGGUCGUUUCCUUCAGGUCACGCAAGCCGCUCGGCGCUUUUGUUCUGGCUACUUCCAAGGAUGUUCCACUUCAACAGUUGGAUGUUCCUCUUAUUGCUAAGUUGGACGAUUGCUGUUUGUCUCUCUCGAUACACAAUGAAGCGACAUCACUUAUCUGACGUGAUUGCCGGAUUUGUUUUGGGCUCUUUGGAAUACUAUAUCGUGAUUUCCAUCCCUUGGCCGCUACUUUUUUGGCUACCCAACGUUCCUUGAUGUGUUAUCCUGAAAUCACCGUUGCUGAUCCACUAAUUUUUUAUUGCUCUUACUUCGUAUAAUGCUGGGAGAAUCAGUGAACUUUGAAACGCAUGUUCAGUAGUUGUUUUCCUGCUAUUGAACCAGUGGAGGGUCCUCCUAUGUGUUAAUGCAUUCGACUGUGCUCAUCCGUUUCGCGCCGCGGCUGGCUUGUUUACGUUUGUGACGACUACUGCAUCAACCAUGUUAUCAAUUCUAUUUUCUUAAGUUUAUUGUACCUUCCUCCUCGUGCCAAUUUAUGUGUUCCUGGUGGAAUACUUUUCCCAUAUUUCGUUUUUCUUCGGUUACCAAUAUUAUUUCACCGUUUGAUACCUCUUUAACAGUGACUUCAACUAUUUCGCUUCACCUUGAAUUGCAUUCACCACUUCGCUUCCGUCGUGUAUGUAAAGUCCAAAAGGAACUUUGAUGUAUCCCCAACCUGGAUUGCUUACAAGAGAACACGGUAUCUCUAUUCCAUAAUUACCUUGCUCAUUUACAUUGCUUUACUGUGUCCUACAAGCGGUUAACAUAUCGUAUAUUUAUUCCUUUCACUCGAUCACUGACACAUCCUUGACGUUUCAAGGUCAUUCAUAUUAUUAUGUUACUGUGACACUGCCCAAAUACUCGCUCCGCCCCACGCUGUACAGUUUCUGCCCACUUGCAUUACGAUUGCAAAACUUAUUCGUAAGUCAUGUACUGUAUUUAUUAUGCCUUAUAGAACCACGGUUACGGGAUAAUUCGUUUUAUUCUUCUGCCCAGACCGUGCGUUAAGUCUAGGUUUAUUUGUUCGCAGUUUCUGGUUUAGUUUUUGCACGACGAACUUAGCUUAGGCUUCGUAUCGUUAGUACAGUGUACCUGAAAACGCAGUCUUUCAGUAUUUUGCAACAUUGGAUUUUACCGUUGUUUUAACCUACAAAACGUCUACUUGUUUUACUAACGGGAGUUCCGUUUUCACAAACUGCUUUGUUUAGUCUCGUGCUACACCAUUCCUCGCCC